GUCGCCUUAACAGCGAAGAAGGCGCCACCACGAUUACCUACCUGGAAUAGGAAAAAUUGGAAAAUGUAAAACGGCUUUGUUGGAUUUGGAAAUCAAAACCAAGGAGCCCACUGGAACAAUGGAAGACGAGCAGAAAAAAACCAUGGAAAAGGGGAGCUCUCCAAGUCACCACCACCCACCCCUUCUUUUUCCUGCACCGAGUAACUUGGGUUCUUCGAAUUCACUUAUUCACAGGGCUUCAGUGAAGGAUCAUCGAUCAUCAUCAUGUGGAGGUUCAUGGGGGGAAGAUUUAGUAGAUCAACGAGGUGCAUUUCGAGCUCAAGCAGGGCCUUUGGAUGGUGGGAGCAUGUGAGCCCAGCCCCUAAGGACCCCAUCACUGGCGUAACCGAGGCUUUUCUUGCUGACACCAACCCCAACAAGAUCAAUCUUGGAGUGGGAGCUUACAGGGACGAUCAAGGGAAACCAGUUGUUCUUCAAUGUGUUCGAAAUGCGGAGGCAAAGAUUGCUGCUUGCGAGUUUCUGGAGUCAAAUGCGGCUGCAGUGGGUUCAAAGUUGGUGGAGGAGAGUGCGAAACUGGCUUAUGGAACACAGGCCCAUGUCGUAAAAGAAGGGAGGGUGGCUGGACUUCAAGCGCUCUCUGGUACUGGUGCGUGUCGUCUCUUUGCUGAGCUUCAGAGGCGUUUCUAUCCUGGAUCACCAAUUUAUUUACCUGAUCCAACUUGGUCCAACCACCACAAUAUAUGGAGAGAUGCCCAAGUUCCAGAAAGAAGCUUCCGUUACUACAAUCCCAUUACAAAGGGUUUAGACUUUGCAGCUCUCAUGGAUGAUGUCAAGACUGCCCCAGAUGGUUCUUUUUUCUUGUUUCAUCCAUGUGCUCACAACCCAACUGGGGUUGACCCUACUGAGGAACAGUGGAGGGAAAUCUCAUAUCAAUUUAAGGUAAAGAAUCACUUUCCCUUCUUUGACAUGGCUUAUCAAGGUUUUGCAACCGGAGAUCUUGACAUGGAUGCCCAAGCAAUCCGUAUUUUUCUUGAAGACGGACAUCUGAUCGGCUGUGCUCAAUCCUUCGCCAAAAACAUGGGAUUAUAUGGACACCGAGUUGGUUGUCUCAGUGUCCUAUGUGCUGAUGAGAAGCAAGCAGUUGCAGUUAAAAGCCAACUGCAGCAGAUUGCCAGGUCGAUGUACAGCAAUCCUCCUGUUCAUGGUAUAUUGCUGGUCUCCACAAUCUUAAAUGAUCCACAGACCAAGGCACUUUGGGUCAAAGAGGUGAAGGUCAUGGCGAAUCGCAUUCAACUAAUGCGGGCUACUCUGCGUGAACGUCUUGAGGAUUUGGGUUCUCCUCUCGACUGGGAGAACAUAACUAACCAGGUUGGCAUGUUUUGCUUCUCUGGCUUAACACCUGAUCAGGUUGAUCGGCUAGUCAGGGAAUUCCACAUAUAUAUGACUCGAGAUGGACGAAUAAGCAUUGCAGGUGUAACUACAAGCAAUGUGAGUUACUUGGCAAGUGCGAUACAUGAAGUUACAAAAUAUGAUCAAGAAGCCUCCAAUAUCUAUAACAUUAGUAUUUAAUAUCUCAUUUAUACCUAAUUCUUCAUUUUGGGAUGCUUAAAACUCCAUCAUUUACAAAUGAUGUUGCUUACUAGAUAACUCAGUAUUAAGGUAUAAAUGAGGAAAGCUCCAUGAAAUAUAUUUCCCGGAUUACAGAUAUAUGGCUGAAAUUGCCUAC